AAAAGUGGACAGUGACUAUUCCCACGGGACAUUUGGUGGCUACAGUAGGAGGAAAGACUGAACUUAGCUGCCAGUUGUCUCCACCACAAAGUGCAGAACACAUGGAGGUGUCCUGGUUCAAGGGUGACCGUUCCAGGCUUGUUCACCUAUACAGAGAUGGCCAUGAAGUGAAAGGAAAAGCUGCCCAGGAAUAUGUGGAUCGCACAGAGUUUGUGAAAGAGGCCAUUGGGGAGGGCAAAGUGACUCUCAGAAUUCAUAAUAUCAGCAUUUCUGAUAAUGGACUGUACCAGUGUUCAUUUAAGGAUGGUAACUUCAGUGAUGUGGCCAGCAUGAACCUGAGUGUAGCAGCAUUAGGCUUGGGGACACAGAUCCAUAUUUGGGCACCUACCAUUAAUGGACUUACGGUGGAAUGUGACUCAGGAGGCUGGUUCCCACAGCCGGAGAUGGAGUGGAGAGACAGCAAGGGAGAGGUAGUUCCACAUUCAUCAAAAUCCUAUGCACAGAAUGGAGCUGGAUUAUUCCAGGUGAAGAUGACUCUUCUCCUCAGAAACAAAUCACAGGACCAUGUGGUUUGCUACAUUCGCAACCCUCUGUCAGGGGAAGGGAAACAAAUAAGUCUCAUCUUAAAUGAUUCCCUGUUUCUUCCGGUCCACACUUGGCUGAUUAUUUUAAUUUCACUUUCUUUUUUGAUAUUACUUGUGAUCACUGUGCUCUUUGGCUGUCGAUGUUUCAAAAAUCCAGUGCUUGGAUGUGACUUCAUUCGCUUCUUGAACUCUAUUUUUAGUCAAGCCUUGUGUUUUGUAUGCUUUUGUGUAAUUCUCGGUAUAUAUCUGCUAUUCCGGAUAAGAGUUUCUAUUCCAGAUCCUUUCUUUUCCUUAUACAACAACUGGAUAUGGGAUAUUACAUGGAUGGUAGGUGUUCUGAUGCUGUUUUACAUUGCGCUUAUCUAUUUUUUAUACUUCACAGUAAGAGGUAAGUGGUCAAGGUUAGUCAUGACUCUGAUCUGUCCUUUUUCUAGCACAUAUUUAUAUUCCAUUCCCUGUAAGGUCCUACUUUCUGUCUGGUUAUUAGCCUAA